AUGAGUGUUCCCACAAAAAACAGUCUGGCUUUGGCAGCUGUGGACUUUGGGGGCAAGUGCACGUGGGAGUUGGGCCAUAUCAGAGUCUUAGUGGUCCCCACAGUGCCGACAACAGGUCCAGAGACCAGCCCAGAGGCGACGCCGAGUGAGGCUGAGGCUGGGGGCGAAUCGCCAAAGAGCUGCGUGUCGGCAGUGCAGUCUGAUUGGACAGCGGGGAAGCCUGUCAGCUUAUUGGCCCUGCUGAUCCUGCCCCGUAGUGCAGGGCAGCCUUUAACCUUUAGCCCCAGUGGGCGCCAGCCACUCAGAUCAUUUCUUGUUGGUAUAUGUAGCGGCAGUGGCUGCCAGCAGAGCAGUCUGAGUCCAACGAUGAGGCUGGGGAUGGGAGCCGAGCAUGGAGGCCUCAUGAUGGGACACCCUGGCAUGCAUUAUGUCCCAAUGGGUAUGCAUCCUAUGGGUCAGAGAGCGAAUAUGCCUCCUGUACCUCAUGGAAUGAUGCCGCAAAUGAUGCCCCCAAUGGGAGGACCACCAAUGGGGCAAAUGCCUGGAAUGAUGUCUUCAGUAAUGCCUGGAAUGAUGAUGUCUCAUAUGUCUCAGGCUUCCAUGCAGCCUGCCUUACCACCAGGAGUAAAUAAUAUGGAUGUAGCAGCAGGUACAACAUCUGGUGCAAAAUCAAUGUGGACUGAACAUAAAUCACCUGAUGGAAGGACCUACUACUAUAAUACUGAAACAAAACAGUCUACUUGGGAGAAACCAGAUGAUCUUAAAACUCCUGCUGAGCAACUUUUAUCUAAAUGCCCUUGGAAGGAGUACAAGUCUGACUCUGGAAAGCCUUACUAUUACAAUUCUCAAACAAAAGAAUCCCGCUGGGUGAAACCUAAAGAACUUGAAGAUCUUGAAGGAUACCAGAAUACCAUUGUUGCUGGAAGUCUUAUUACAAAAUCAAACCUGCAUGCAAUGAUCAAAGCUGAAGAAAGCAGUAAACAAGAAGAGUGCAGCACAUCAACAGCCCCAGUUCCUACAACAGAAAUUCCAACCACAAUGAGCACCAUGGCUGCUGCAGAAGCAGCAGCUGCUGUUGUUGCAGCAGCAGCUGCAGCAGCAGCAGCAGCUGCUGCAGCCAAUGCAAGUGCUUCCACCUCUGCUUCUAGUACUGUUGGUGGAACUGUUCCAGUUGUUCCUGAGCCUGAGGUUACUUCGAUUGUUGCUACUGUUGUAGAUAAUGAAAAUAGAGAAAGCAUGCAGCAAUGA